AUGCCUCGAAAUAUCUGCUGUGUUCCUGGGUGCCAAGUAGUAUCAGAAGAUGGUGUACCUCUACAUUACUUUCCAUGUCCUGAGAAAGAUGCAGAAAGGUUUCAUAAUUGGGUAAAGAUUAUUGGAGGUGGCAUUGCGAGUCUGGACAACACCACUAUCCGCAAAACUCAUAGAAUCUGUCGUCAGCACUUUCAGAAAGAGUUUCUUUACCCAAAAAACAGGCUUUGUAAAUUGGCUGUUCCAUCUUUGCUUUUACCCUCUGCAGGUGUAUCAGCACCAAGCCCACCAUCUACAUCCCAAGGAGCUAUAUUGCAUCAUGAUGUAAUAAAACCCAUAACAACUAGAACUAUUGAAUACUUCAAGACUUCUAGUUCAGGAAUCUGCUGUCCCUAUAAAUUUCGUGAAGUGAUGACUUUGAUGAAAGAAUCUAAGCUGCUCGACCAGAGGAAAUUUGAUCUGUUCCAAAACAAUAAUCUAUAUGAAUCUGCUCCACCAUCUGCGUCAAUAGUAAGUCCAAAAAAGAGAUCUACCAAAGAAGAAAAUGUAUCAUGUAAAACACACCAAAACUACACCGAAAUUAGAAAGUCUCUUGAAAGUCCACAUUCAGAAAUAAGCGGUAUCGAAGAGUUGAGUUCUUCUCCUGUUCGAGUGUUUUCUGAUUCGAGCGUUUCAUGGUUUCCAGAUAGUGAAGAGGAUAGAUGUUUCAAAAAGAAAAGACGAGUGUAUGUUGCAAAAUCUUCCAGUGAGAGCGAUAGUGAAGAAAGUACAUUUAUUGCGUCGCGCUCGAAGACAGCAGAUAGUCGGGGGCUUUUUAAUGAAUGUUUUCAGGAUAUAAACAUUAACAAUGACUUUCAAUUAAGAAAUAAACAAUAUGCCGUGCCUCAAAAAUCUACUUUACCAUCUUCCAACUCUGAUUCAUCUGGUAAUGUCACUGUAGACAAUCAAGAAUUAACUAAACAGCCAGUUCCAAUCGUUACUUCAAACAAUAAUAUUGAACCUACGCGUUGGAAAAAAGCGAUCCAAGCAAGUGGAAAAAAAAACAUAGCUAAAUCUAAUAAACAAAAAGAAUGUCCGACAAAAUCUACAUUUAUUACUAGAAAGAGGAGGAAACUAGAAGAACAAACGGAGGGACAAGGGACAGAAAAACUGAUGCAAGUAUUGAAAAAUUAUAAAUUGCCACCAGCUUACUCCUCGCCGCUGCCUAUUUCAGAGGCAAAAAAGAAAGACCUCAAUAAUUUAUGUGCAAAGGGAAUAAUUCCACAAGAGCUCCACUUGUGGUAUCAGUCUUUACCAACAAGUAAAGACGUAGUAGACAGAAUUUUGGAGCCAGACGUCACUGAGGAGGGAGAAGAAGAAGUAGUCGACUGA